AUGCAGAAAGUCAUGCACACCCUAGGAAUAGAGCAGAACUUGAUACCUCUAUACCACCCAGAAGCGAAUCCGGUCGAGAGGAAAAAUAGGGAUUUGAAAAGUCAACUGGCUAUCAUAGUUGAAGGGAACCACACUAACUGGCCUAGCGCACUACCCGCUGUACGCUUCGCCAUGAAUAGCGCCGUUACUCAGAGCACCGCGAAGUCGCCUGCUUACCUCGCCUUCGGGAGAGAGAUGCGGUCACCGGUAGAGAACAGACAUGACCUGCGAGCUGUUAUCCAGUCAGAGAACUUUAUACCUCAGAUAACACCCUACCUGUUGAAGCUCAGCGAUGAUCUCAUCAAAGCUCAAGAACAUAAUCUACAACAACAGGAACGCAGGAAGACUUACGCAGAUCAAAAGCGUAGACCUCAUGAAAGCUAUAACAUAGGGGACAAGGUCCUUUUGAAAACACACGUCUUAAGUAACCAAAUAAAGGGCAUAACUAGCAAAUUUGCGCCCCGACGUGACGGACCAUACAUUAUUUCUAAGAUAGUCAGCCCGACUACUUAUAUAUUAGCAAACAAUGGCGAAACUGUUGGUAAAUAUCAUGUGUCAGACUUGACUACAUACCAUCAGAAGAGUGGUGAUGAACCUGCAGAACCCAUCAUGCCACAAAGGAAGAGAGGUAGACCGCCCAAGCGAACACCUACUACCCCUACUACUACUCCACCUGCAGCUGGUGAGAAGAGAGGCAGACCACGCAAGAAGCAACCUGUGUGUCGGCCCAUGGGCGAGGACGUCCCCAUGGCCCGAAGGGGGAGCCUGUAG